AAACAAUCCGCCCUUCCUUAUUCCAGAUCGGGUAUAACCAGCCUGAAUGAGUUAAAGCCUUAACUAUUUGUUUAGCAGGAUGUCAAACCUAGCCAAACAAAUUCAACGGUGCAGCGACAGGGGACGACCAAUGACCAGCGACGAGCGACCAGAGACGGACCCAACAGCAUACUCCUGGCCUUAAGUUGGACUAGCGACCAGCGGCAACUGGCGUGCGCGACUAUGGCGUAUAGUUGCAGCUGCUCGACGAUUGCAGGUCUUGAGCGAGCAUAUGACUUUGUUCGAGCAAGCAUAGGACGGCUUUCAAGCGAGCAAUAGGACGGCGUUGAUUGCAGGUACAGAAACUGAUGCCUUUUAUGUAGUAUUUAUAUAGGGAUAUCGAAGGCUAGUUCUUCACUUAAGGUAAUGCUGAAAUUAGUUUUGAAAACCUAAUAUUUAAUUCGUUUGAUUCAAAAGGCGAACUCCUCCAACUAGUUAUAUGAGGUAGCUAUUUGCUAAAGUGAUGUUGUACUCCAGUUUGAUUCAUUGCUUAUAUAAUUUUUUUAUUUCUGCAUUAGUCACAAUAGUCCUGUUUUUUUAUGCAGGCUAAGUGUUUGUUCAAAUGCAAAUAUGAUUAUUUCCUCGUACAAGCUAAAUGCAAAAAUACACAAUGUACUUCAUACUUGUAAGUAGGAUGCUAGUUGCUUUCUUUAAGCUAGCUACCCGAAAUGUGUCUUUUGAGAUCAUAGUAUGUACCUGUUUACUUUUGUGCCUAAUAAGAUGGUUGGUAAAUACUAUGCAUUUAUGCCAUUUUGCGUGUGUGCUUUGUAUGUUGAAGUGUUUUUUUGUAGAGUAAAAGAGUUCCAUUUUUAUAGCCUUGUUCUCACUGUACUUGCAGUUUUUGUUCUUUCUUUGGUCCAUCACAGCCAGUUAUAGCUCAAAGAGUAAUUCAAGAAAGCAAGGCCUUAUUAUAAAACCUGAUUUGACAGCCUCGUGAGGGCUAGUAAUCCUGUAUGUAUUAUAUACGAGUAUAUAUAUAUAUUAUCUGAUGAUGCUAUUCCGCCUCCUGCUCCUCCAAAACAUUCUUUUCCCAAACAGAUUUCUGCUCCUAGUCCGGGUAUGUCCUUUUUCUAUUUAUUAGUUUGUCAAUCAUAUCUGUCUAAUACACAUAGUACUUUAUGUAGACUUAUACAGUUAUUUUAUCGCAUUGAAGAAUCACGCUCAACAUAAUCUUUACCAAGGGAUAGGAAUCUCUCUAGCAGCAGCGUUGGGAGAAAACUUCCCAAUGGUCUUGAAGUGAGGAGGCCUCCUCUUCCAGGUGGCACACAAUUGUAACCUAAAGCAAGUUUACAUAAACCGGUCGGUGUCACCAAGCAAAAUCUUCCAGCAAAACAAUGUUGGGCCACGGAAGUGUAAAUAGGUCGGCCCAUCCCUAAGAGGCGGAAUCCAACUAAACAAUCUACCAACGAAGCGGAUAAGGGUGGACUUAGUAGGAGUGCUCAACUGAAUGACGGGACCUAGGGACUCGGCGACAUUUCCGGCGGGCAGUUGCACUAAACGGAUAGAGUUCUAUUGCUGUAUAAAUAGAGGAAAACCUAGAAUAGGGAGACACGAUCAACCUGGCUUGAUAAAAGAAGCAUUUGUAACACCAUUCCUUGUGGGAUAUAUUGAGAUUAAUACAUUUUCAUUCAUUAAUCCUUCGGUUUUCAUACUUUAUUUCUUGUACGAUCCCUACAUACAUAUAAAUUUAGAGUAGUUUAAUUCUUGCUUAAACAAUUUGGCGUCCACCGUGGGGCAUUGUGCAAGGAAAGAUCAUCAACCAUGACCGGAAGCAGCCCGUUGUUAGAGGAAAUCCACGCUCAAAUGGAGGCAGUUCGAACGGAGUUUCGCCGGGAAUUGGCGGAAAGGAUGGCACACCCCCAACGAGAGAACGAUCUAUUACGAUCCCAAGUUCAGUCAGCAGUCUCAAUCGCAUCCAACUCUAGGGGCAAUCGAAGGAACGAUCUUAUGCCCGUAGUCACAAGGCUAGAUUUGGAAUCCAUUCCGACGGCAACGGACACGCCCACCAUCGCUUCCGAGCCCAUAUCUCUCACGUUGGGCCUCUCACCGGCCGGGGAAUCACAAACCACCGUCAUAUCUCAAGUGAUACCGUACACGCCUCUCAUCCCUGAAACGACCCUUAUCCCAAGAAUUCCGACCUGCUUCUUCCCGGAGUCGUUGCGCCCGGGAUCAAGAAGGAUGGGGUUACAGGCGGCCACUCAAAGCCUACCCAUGACGUCAGGUGCGCUAUCCCCGACGGAGCCAUAUGUCACUCAUUACCAAAGCAGAACCCGUGACGAACCCGGACUGUCUGGUCUCAUGCAGGAAGGGACCCGGAGUAUAUUCGAUGAAUUGCCACCUGUAUUUCAGGCACAACGGCAGCGUAGACCAACUGCGUCAGCGGGGCAGAAUCGUGGAGGACGUCGCCCUGAGGUCAUAAUCAUUCCGUCGCCAACCCGUCCCGAAGCAACCCCGAUGGCAGGAUUGACAGUCUCGGCGCCGGAAUCCACUCAGCCAGUCCAGGUGGAUCCGAUAGCAAUGAUUAUGGAGCAACUCCGACAGAUGCAGGAUAAGAUCAACGGAUUGCCCGGAGUACCCCUUCCGUUGGAUCGGGCCUCAAAGACAUGUUAUGCGGACUCGCCCUUCAGCAGACAGAUUACAGAUGUCGAAGUGCCACGCAAAUUCAACGUUCCCUCCAUGAAAAUGUUCGACGGCACGUCUGAUCCGGUGGAACAUGUCGCCCAAUACAAACAGCGAAUGCUUGCCGUAUCGCUCCGACCGGAUCAAAGGGAAGCAUGCAUGUGUCGCGGUUUCGGGGCAACAUUAGCUGGCCCAGCGCUCAAAUGGUUUGUCAAUCUGCCUAAUGAGGGUAUCGAGUCAUUUGCAGAAUUGGUCGAUUCAUUCAAUCAUCAGUUCGCGAGUAGUCGAAUACUUGAAAAACAGACUAGCGACCUCUACAGAAUCAUACAGCGACGCGGCGAAUCGUUACGGGAUUACCUACACCGUUUUAACAAAGAAAAAGUUUCCAUUCCACGGUGCGAUAUACCAACAGCAGUUGAAGCGUUUCGGAGAGGCCUAUCCGACGACUCAGAAUUAUACCGGGAAUUGACGAAAUACCCGUGCAGAACCUUUGAAGACGUCGAGGCUAAAACCUUGGCCUUCAUCAGGCUGGAAGAAGAUCAGCAGACGCGACAUCGGCAGGAUGCAUAUGACGGAGGGCAACGUAAAUCAAGCACAUCCAAAAAACACGAUUACAGGACCGGAAAACCCUAUGUCAGAACCGAGGAUAGACCGGUCUCGUCGAUAGUAAAUUGGCUCGAUGAUCCAGACUUACCACCAGUAAUCAAUGACUAUUGUUUCAAUGUUGCCACUCCGGGCCUCAUUCACUCUCUGGAAAAAUUGGGGGAAAAGGUCAUAUGGCCUCGAAGGACGGACAAACCAGCGGGACGUCGAGACCCGAAUAAACGUUGUGAUUUCCACGGCGAUAUCGGACACAACACGGAAGAUUGCGUCGCAUUAAGGAAGGAGGUGGCCUAUUUGCUGAAAAACGGUUAUCUGACGGAGAUCAUGUCUGAACGCACCAAAUCACUGUUAGGACGGGAUGGUAAGGCGUCACCGGAUGAGUCUAGGCCGCCUUCACCCUCUGCGCCAUGUAAGGUAAUCAACUUUAUUAAUGGUGGAUCUGAUUUAUGUGGACUAACAUAUUCUGCAGCAAAAAGACACGCCCGGGAUUACACCCGAGACAAGUCGUUGCAGGUUUAUAGGAUCGGAAAACGUCAAGAGGAAUGGAGGAAUGCGUCAAUCACAUUUGACGAAACGGACAUUUCUGAUCCGGUACAGUCUCAUCACGAUACAUUGGUGGUCUCCCUUAGAGUGGCAAACUAUGAAGUCAAACGAAUCCUCGUGGACAACGGGAGCACCGCGAAUAUUACCACCAUGAAAACGUUGGAAGAACUGGGGGCCAAGGAGGAAGAUAUAACAGGUUCCGGGUCAAGCUUGGUCGGAUUCAAUGGAGAGCCAAGCAGAACCGUAGGUAAUAUUUCUUUACCCGUAUAUACCCAUGGUCUAAACAUGCAGGUCAAAUUCGACGUGGUCGAAAGCAUACCAGCGUACAACAUGAUCUUGGGAACUCCUUGGUUGCAUCAAAUGGGAGCAAUUCCAUCGACUUAUCAUCAAAUAAUCAAGUUCCCAACGCCGUGGGGAGUACAAAGCAUCAAGGGGGAUCGACAAUCAGCCAAAUCCUGCUACCAAACGGCGAUGAAGCCAACUGCGGACCAAACUGCCUCCACGAUCGCAUAGCAAUUAAAGGGUGGCCCCGCUCUGGUGGAAGAUGACGACAAAACAGAAGAAGUCGCCAUCGACUCAGAACAUCCAGAAAGGGUCAUCCGCAUCGGGAAAGACAUACCAAAGCACCUCAAAGACGAACUGAUAAACUUCCUCAAAGAACAUAAGGACGUGUUUGCAUGGAGCCACGACGACAUGACAGGUAUUGAUCCUAACAUCAUAACUCACAGGUUAAACGUCAGCCCAUUACACAAACCCGUCAGACAAAAAAGAAGACGCUUUGCAAAAGAAAGGAAUGCCAUUAUAAACCAGGAAGUUGAUACGCUGCUCCGAACCGGCAAGGUAAAGGAGGUAAAGUAUCCCGAUUGGUUAGCUAAUGUUGUUGUUGUUCAGAAAAAGAAAGGGCAGGAAGAAGGCAAGCCAGUCAAAUGGAGAGUCUGUGUGGACUUCACUGACCUGAACAAAGCGUGUCCCAAAGAUUCAUUUCCAAUGCCACACAUUGACGCUUUGGCUGACGCUACGGCCGGGCAUGAAAUGUUAUCCUUCAUGGACGCAUUCAGUGGAUACCAUCAAAUACAGCUUCACCCUGAUGACCAAGAAAGCACAGCCUUCAUCACUGAAACAGGUACGUAUUGUUAUAUUGUUAUGCCUUUUGGACUAAAAAAUGCAGGCGCGACGUUUCAGAGACUAGUCACCUUAAUGUUCAAAGAUCUAAUGGGGGACACCAUGGAAGUUUAUAUCGACAUGAUCGUCAAAUCAAAGAAAAAAGAGGAUCAUAUCUAUCAUUUGAUGGAACCCUUCAGAAGACUGAAAAAGUACAAUUUGAAGAUCAAUCCAGCGAAAUGUACUUUCGGAGUGACGUCAGGAGAAUUUUUGGGAUAUAUCGUCAGUGAACGAGGAAUAGAGGCGAGCUCGGAACAGAUACGAGCAAUUAUUGACAUUGAACCUCCAAAAUCCGUCAAAGAUAUCCAGAGGUUGACAGGACGAAUUGCGGCUUUGAAUCGUUUCAUUUCAAAAUCGUCAGACAGGUGCCAUUUGUUUUAUGACGUCUUGAGAAAAAACAAAAAAUUCGAAUGGACAGAUCGACACGAACAGGCGCUUCAACAAUUAAAAGAAUAUAUGAUGUCACCACCAUUGCUCGCAAAGCCUAAAAAUGACGAAGAGCUACAACUCUAUCUGGCCGUUUCAGAGCACGCCGUCAGCGCAGUACUGACAAAAGAGGAGCAGGGUCAGGAAACUCCAGUCUAUUACGUAAGUAAAUCCCUAAAUGGACCGGAAUCCAGGUAUGCUUUACUUGAGAAAUUAGUUUUAGCUUUGAUCGUUGCUUCGAUUAAAUUACGUCCUUAUUUUGAAUCACAUACCAUUUGUGUUAGAACUAACUAUCCCAUGAAGUCAAUCAUGAGGAAACCGGAAUUAACAGGUCGCAUGGCUAAAUGGUCGAUUCAACUUGGAGCUUAUGACAUAAGAUUCGAACCAAGAACAGCCUUGAAAUCACAGUCACUUGCAGAUUUUGUGGCAGACUUCAAUCCAAAGCUCCAAGAGGAAGCAGAAAAAGAGAUUUGCACUCUGAUCGAUGGAUUCCCAAAGCAAAAAUGGACAUUGCACACUGACGGAGCGUCAAACCAAAACGGCGCAGGUCUGGGCGUGAUACUGAAGUCACCACAGGGGGACACCAUGCUCCAAGCAGUACACUGCAAUUUCACCGCUACGAACAAUGAGGCAGAAUACGAGGCGCUAAUCGUCGGACUCACAUUGGCAAGGGACUUGGGUGUCAAAAUCUUGGAGUUAAAAUGUGAUUCUUUACUGAUAAUCAAUCAAACUAACGGUGUGUAUGCAGCAAAGGACCCCAAGAUGACAUCUUAUUUGCAAAUUGUCCGAGAAUUGAUAACGGCAUUCGACGAAAUAACCCUUGAACAAAUCCCACGCGAGGAAAACACACAAGCUGAUGCUCUGGCCGCCGUCGGAUCAUGUCUAGGGGCAGAAAUCAAUCGCAACAUCCCCUAUGUGCACUUGAUGAGCCCAACAAUUUUCAGAUCAGAGGUUGCCUCUACCAUUAAGACCCCGGCACAAGACGAUUGGACACAACAAUACGUAGCAUACUUAAAACACAAUACUCUCCCAGAGGACAGAAAAAGGCCAAGGCUUUACUAUCUAAGGCAAGUAAGUUUUUACUGAUUGAUGAUGUGCUAUUUAAAAGAUCUGUCGCAGGUCCACUCCAAAGAUGUCUCGCACCGCAAGAAGCCGCCAAAAUUUUGAAAAACCUUCAUGAGGGGGAAUGCGGCAAUCACGCAGCAGGGCGAAGUCUGUCUAACAAAGCUCUUAGAUUCGGUUAUUACUGGCCGACCAUGAGAGAAGAUGCAACCACCUUCACCCAAAGAUGCAAGCCUUGUCAGAUGCAUGGACCAAUCCGUCAUCAGCCUUCCGAGACGCUUCAUCCAAUUCUAUCACCGUGGCCCUUUAUGAAGUGGGGCAUGGAUAUUGUAGGAAAAUUGCCAGAGGCACCGGGGCAGAAAGUAUAUAUGCUAGCAAUGACGGAUUACUUUUCGAAAUGGGUGGAGGCUGAGCCUUUUCGGCAGAUACGAGAUGACCAGGUGAUUUCGUUUAUUAAGAGAAAUAUCCUUUGCAGAUUCGGCGUUCCUUCAGAAAUCGUUUGUGACAACGGAUCUCAGUUCAUAAGCGCUAAAACCAGACGCUUUUGUGAGAAAUACAAUAUCAAAUUGGAAACGUCGACACCUAGGUACCCGCAGUCUAAUGGACAGGCCGAGUCUAGCAACAAGAUUAUCAUUGCCAACUUAAAGAAAAGGCUUGAAAAGGCGCAAGGCCGAUGGGCUGACGAAUUGCCCUUAAUACUCUAGGCAGACAGGACAACUCCGAAAAAUGCAACCGGACAAACUCCAUUCUCUCUGGUGCAUGGCUGCGAAGCGGUCAUUCCUGCCGAGAUUGAAAUACCUUCUUCGAGUUAUGGACUCAUGAUGGGGGAAUUGAACAAUGUGGAGUUGGUGCACGACUUGGAUACCAUUGACGAGAUCCGUGAACGAGCCAAGAUCCGUUUGCAGACAUAUCAACAAAUGGUGGCAAAAAGCUAUAAUAAAAAUGUUCGGGCAAAGGUAUUUCAAAAGGGAGAUUGGGUCUUGAGGAGAGCAUUUUGCAAUGAAGCAGCCGGAAAAUUUAGUCCUAAUUGGGAAGGACCUUACAGAAUCAUUGAUGUCAUCGGUCAGGGGGCAUACUGCCUGGAGUCAAUCGAUGGUAAACAAGUCCCUCGAAGUUGGAAUGCGGUACAUUUAAAGCGUUUCCAUUUUAAAAAAAAAAAGUUUCUUUCCUUUUCUGCAUUUCUAUCCCUAUUACUAAAUAACUAACUUGGUCGUCGGAGGGCCGUUGGCUUAAGGCCAACGACCAAUCCUGACGAUAAUUGUAAAUACAGGAAGGCACACAAAAAUGGCCAAGUCACAGGUAAUUAGUUACAGUUCAUGUAAUCUUGAAUAUAGUAAAUACAAUUCAUCAUUCACUAACUUGACCGUCGGAGGGCCGUUGGCCCCAAACCAACGGCCGGUCCCAACGGAACGGUAUCAUCGCAGGACUAUGACAGGUUAAGAUCAAAAUACCAGGUGACCAAAUACCAGAACAACAGAUAGAACAUCAGAUCUGCUCAUGACAAAAACAUCAACAUACAGGGGACAUGGGACUCAUUAUGAAAAAUCCAUAAAUGAAGCUCCAUGAAACCGAGUACUUUUUGGCCAAAACACAUACGCGUUUGUGACACAACAAGACAUAUUGCACACAUAAAUAGCAGACAUGCAUACACAACAGAGUACACAUAAACAAAAUUAUGAUCCCAACAAUAGCAAAAACAGUGACAGAUCCACAUAGUGGUGUGGACAGGGCCAGCCUAAACCGCCAAGCAUGAAGCUUGUGAGCAGCGUGAUAAGGCGUUAAGUCCCAGAUAAACCACCGGGAACCCUUAACGCAAAGCGCAAAGUGUCAGAGUAAUUCAAAAGUAGGGAGUGUUUGUAAUCCAGCGAGAAAAAGGGGAGCAUAACCAGUUGACCGGUAAACAUUAAAGAUCAAUAUCAUCGUCAGAGUGACCCACCUCGAAGCCGUCUUCUCCUACAGGAGGAUCCAUCUCUUCCCUCAACUUAUUCCAUGUAGCUACGUCCCGUUCCGCUGAUUGGUGUGUCAUUUCUCCUUUAAUAAAGGAUGUCAUUAACUCACCCCUGGUCUUCCAGACAUAAUAGCAAGCGGCGUCAAUUACUUCUUGCUUCUUUUUUCGACCAUAAGCCUCCAAGGAUUUGGCUCUGGCAUUGAGCUACAGAAUCUGGGCAGAUUGAGUAGAAUUUUUGUCUUCCAAUUCUCGAACUAACUUUGCACUCUUAUCAAGAGAAGAUACUAGGGAAGUCUCCUUCUAUUUCAAUUCAUCAACGGCUUUCUCUAAUGAAGAUACACGAGCAGCAGCAACAAGGCUCGCUUGAAUACUCUGAAAAAAGACAAGACAGUUUAAUCAAGAGAAAAAAGGAAGGGAGUUCAUUAAGCAUGGUGGUCCAUCAGCACCUGAAACGCAUAAGCGGAGGAGGCAGCAAUGACACCGGUAGGAGGCAAGCAGUCAAAAAAGGAAGUAGCAGAGGCCAAUUGAAAUUGGGCCAUCUCGUCUUUCAUAAUCAGAGCGUCCUUCAGUUCACAAAAUUCCGAGGAAAGUGAUAAGUGCAUAGCUUGUGGCGGCUUCGUUCGGGUAUCAACCCCAUGUUCCGCAUUAGGGGUAUCAGGAGUGGUAGCGGUAUCAGGCAUUGGGUAUUUGGGGAUCUUUGGAGGAUUUGCUGAUAAUUUAGAGGGCAUCCUUUUCCUCCUCGAUGCCAUAGCCAACAAAUCAUGGUCAGAAGGAACGGAACGAGAAGUACUCGAUGAAGUAGCUACACAAAUUAAGGAGAACAGAAGUUAAGACUAAUAGAUCCAACGAUAAUAAAGAAGAGCGUAAAUCUCAGAGAAUACCUGUAAUAGGAGUAGAAUUCUUGAAUGGAGGCAUGGGGGUGCUUUUAGCAGUAGGAAACACGACUUGAAGGGGAACGAAAGCACUCAUACCAUCGCCGUCAUCUUUGGAAGCUUCAGAUCCUUGACCUGAAUCUUCUACGGAAACGACAUGUGAAUUCUGAUUCAAAUCAUGUGCGGUGGGAGUAUGCCUACGAGAUCGCCUUAACCCCGCACAAUCAGACUCAACGGGAAGAGGUGACGUACCUUGAAAGUCUGAUACCAGAUUCACAUAAGUUCGAUCCUCGACAGGGAACGAAAGGAUCUUGGCGUUUCUCUCCUCAGAAUGCAGACCGGGAACCAGUGGGAUAGUCUUCCUCUCUGCGCGACACAGAGGAACAAUGCUAAAUACAUCAAGUUUCAUACAUAUAUCCAAGAACGCAAAAAUAUUCUGAAAUUACCCAUUUCCAAUAUCUACACUAGAGGUUACGAAUCAAAUAACAAAAGUUGAAGACGGAAAUCAACCGAACAAAUCACGAAACACGAUUCGAAAGAGAAACUAACCUUUGUGUAAAUUCUCCUCCAAGAAUGAUCCAUCAGAACCUAGAGAUUCUUUAUUUACAAAGAAGUACAAAUUCAUCCAUCCCCGGUCAUUAGCUUUGUCCACCUUGUGAAUUAGAGCUUCUUUCCCUUCUUUCACUGCUAAAGUGAAGCGACCGGCUCCUGAGGAUCUGAGGUCAUAGGUAAAACCCAAGUCUUCAAAACCCAGGGCCAGACUAUGUUUCUCACUCAAGACCUCUAAAGCUCUAAGUACUCUCCAUACUUGGGGCAUGAUUUGGGAAGGUGAUACUCUGACGAAAGCAAGAAAGUCUCGGACUAAAUGAGAGAAUGGGAAUUUCAUACCUAUCUUGAAAGGGUACAUCAGAAAGUUUACCCAACCAUCACAGAACCAAUCUAUCCUCUCGUUCGCUGCUGGAAAGCGAAUAACCGCAUCAUGAGGAAAGCCGAUGGAAGAUCUGAUAAAGUCGACAUGAUGUUCGGAAAGUUUCGCUUGCUUGGAGUUCUUCGGAUCUAAAAUAUGUUGCGGAAUGAAGGGUUGUGAAGCCAUGAAGAACCAAGGUGUUGGCCAGGAUUUGAAGAGAAUCGAAAGGUAGAGAUAGGAAAUAUUUCUUGCUGAACUGAUUCACUUAGGGAGGAAGAGGUGAGUAAUUGAUUGAUACUGAACGGCUGACGGCCUUACACCUUCCGAGGCAAUGUCAUGAUGAAAAUUCAAAUAAACGGUUGGCUUUUAACUUUUUUGAAAUUGGCGCCCUCCUCUUCUUUGAAUUGGGGGCAAUUGUUGGGCCACGGAAGUGUAAAUAGGUCGGCCCAUCCCUAAGAGGCGGAAUCCAACUAAACAAUCUACCAACGAAGCGGAUAAGGGUGGACUUAGUAGGAGUGCUCAACUGAAUGACGGGACCUAGGGACUCGGCGACAUUUCCGGCGGGCAGUUGCACUAAACGGAUAGAGUUCUAUUGCUGUAUAAAUAGAGGAAAACCUAGAAUAGGGAGACACGAUCAACCUGGCUUGAUAAAAGAAGCAUUUGUAACACCAUUCCUUGUGGGAUAUAUUGAGAUUAAUACAUUUUCAUUCAUUAAUCCUUCGGUUUUCAUACUUUAUUUCUUGUACGAUCCCUACAUACAUAUAAAUUUAGAGUAGUUUAAUUCUUGCUUAAACAGACAACCUAUUAAAAGCAAUGUCAAUGGUCGUACUCAGCUCGUACAGAAAAGUCUUCCUUCAAAGGCUUCAACAUCAUACGUAAAGAGACCAUUGCCUAACUUGCCCAGAUCAAAUCCUUCGAAAUAACAACAUACUGCCAAUUCAAAGCAAGCUUUGUUGGAAAAAAAGGCAUCUCAAGAAUCUAGCAAGUCUAAGAUGAUUCAAAAACCAUCAACUAGGACAUCCUCAAGAUUCCCCAUGUGGCAAUGCAGAAACAUGCAAUGCCCUCCUCUAGACCUCAACAUUUUGUUUUUAGCGUCAUGGGGAAAUGAUGUUUUUUGAGACUAAAGUUUGUAGUGUGUUUUUAUAUGCAUUUAUAGUUCUGAAAUGAUAUAGGGCAAUGUGUUUUUUGCAGGUAUAAUCCCAACAAAUAUGUUGGCGAUGAUGAUGAUCGUAAUAUGUUGGCUACUUUUGAGGAAGAGGGAUGGCACAGGAAUCAUUGGCAAAGCAACAGUGGAGGUAGAAGCAGUAGCAACAGUGGGGUUACUCUUGAUGGUAAGGAGAUACCGGUGUGUGAUAUGUUCCGUUACUUGGGAUCCAUAAUUCAGAAGGAUUGUGAAUUAUAUGGAGAUGUAUGUCAUAGAAUCAUAGCUGGGUGGAUGAAAUGGAAAAGUGCUUCAGGAUUUCUAUGCGAUCGAGGUAUGCCGACUAAACUGAAAGGUAAAUUUUAUCGUACCGCAAUUAGGUCGGCAUUAAUGUAUGGCGUAGAGUGUUGGGCGGUGAAGCAAUGCCACAUUCAAAAGAUGAGUGUGACAGAGAUGCGUAUGUUGUGUUGGAUGUGUGGACAUACCAGAAAAGACCGCCUGAGGAAUGAGGUAAUCAGAUAAAAGGUGGGAGUAGCACCUAUAGAAGAUAAGAUGCAGGAGUCUCGUUUGUGGUGGUUUGGGCAUGUGCAUAGAAGACCGAGUGAUGCACCUGUUAGACGACUUGAGGGGUGGGGAGAAGAGUCAGAGAAGAGAGAGAGGGGAAGACCCAAAGAGACUUGGAUUAGAGUAAUCAGAACUGAUAUGCGUCUUCUUGGGUUGGAUGAGAGACAAAGAGUAUGGCUUUGGAGAGAGCAAAGUGGAGGGCGCACAUCCAUGUGGACGAUUGAUGUCUUGUCUACCUUUCCUCUUUUGUUUCUUUUAUCGUUUAUCUUCCUUAUCUUUUUAUACUCUUAUGUUAUUUUUAUCUUCUAGCUUUUUUAUGCUCUUUUAGUUAUUUUUCUUUUAUCUUGGUUAUAUUCUUGUGUUAUUGUUAUCUUAUAUUUAUGUAUCUUUAUUUUAUUCAUUUUAUCUUACUUUUUUUUUCCUUUUCUUGUCCGCCUUCUCUUUUUGGCAUCGAUAUCAUAGAUCGAUUCAUGUUAGCCGACCCCAAAUUCUUUUGGGUUUAAGGCUUGGAUGUUUUUGUUGUUGUUGUACAGGAAUCAUUGGCAGCUCUUUAUUCUCUCUCAUGUCCAAAACACUAUUGUCUUCUUGUGUUCUUUGGGGAAUAAGCCAAAUAGAAAAUUCAAAAAUAGUAUUGAUGCGUAAGUAUUUUGUACACUCCGUUUUGUUUAAUUGUGGAAUAUAUAUUGUAUAUCUUAAUUACAUAAAUAACUUAUUAUAUAUAUAUAUAUAAUAUUAUAAAUUACAUAGUGCAAUGGAGGCAAGCCGUAGGCUCAACUCAUGUUAUGUUA